UUUCUCUUCUAUCAGUGGAGUUUUUCCUUUUCGCGUCCACAUGUGGAGAGACGCUGAUGGUGAUGCGCUUCCGGAGAGAUGCUGAUGCUGAAGCAGGGCUGUGAGUGAGCCAACAUCAGCAGAAAAGAAGUUAAGUGAGAGAAGAAUACAAGAGAAAAAAAGAGAGAGAGAGAGAAGAUUCUGGGGCCCAAGCCAGAAGUUAAUUAACAAAACCAAUCGGACUUUCUUUUUUUUUUCUCAUCUGAAGAGGUGCCUCACCAACCUUCAAAAUUUCGCCCAAAAGCAGACAGGAGGAUCGGCCGGUGCUGACGCGACUCGUCGGCAGGAAGCGGCUGAUCGCGGCUGGGGUGCUCGGUGUGGUCAUGGUCCUGGUGCUGGUGAUCCUGAUCCCGGUUUUGGUGAGCUCUGCCGGGACAUCCGCCGCGCACUACGAGAUGCUCGGCACCUGCAGGAUGGUUUGCGAUCCUUACGGUACCAAAUCCCCGACCAGCACGGUCUCAGCAGACCCUGUCCGGGACAGCAACCUUAUGCAGUCUUUACCAACUUUUAUACAAGGUCCGAAAGGUGAACCAGGACGCCCGGGGAAAGUGGGGCCGAGGGGCCCUCCCGGAGAACCCGGACCCCCUGGACCUCCCGGAGAGAAGGGGGAACCGGGACGGCCUGGAUUACCCGGGCAGCCGGGACCAAACAUGGCAACGGGCGCCAUCAGCGCGGCCACCUAUAGCACCGUGCCCAAAAUCGCCUUUUACGCAGGGCUCAAAAAGCAGCACGAGGGCUACGAGCUGCUGAAGUUUGACGACGUGGUCACGAAUCUCGGGAAUCAUUACGACCCGACCACGGGCAAAUUUACCUGCUCCAUACCGGGAAUAUACUACUUUACGUACCAUGUGCUCAUGCGAGGAGGAGACGGAACCAGCAUGUGGGCUGAUCUGUGCAAGAACAACCAGGUCCGUGCCAGCGCCAUCGCCCAGGACGCAGAUCAAAACUAUGACUACGCCAGCAACAGCGCUGUUCUUCAUCUGGAGCCCGGAGACGAAGUCUACAUCAAAUUAGACGGGGGUAAAGCCCACGGGGGCAACAACAACAAGUACAGCACCUUCUCUGGUUUUAUUAUAUACGUCGAUUAGGACAUACGCACCUACUCCAGAUGGUCUAUCUCGUCCCCCUCUGCUAUUCCUCUUCCUUUCUUUCUUUCUUUUUUUGCAUAAUUUUCCUUUGGGCCCAGGGCAAGCACACAGACCUGCUCAAACACCCCUCAUCAUUAGUCUGUAGAUGUGGGCUUGAAGGCAAAACUCUUUGCCCUGCAAUCCAAAAAUCAAGAAAGAACCAAAAAAAAAAAAAGGCCUGGAGAAAGAAGCACUUCAUCAGAGAGGAAAGAUGUACCGAGGAAACGAAGCUACCGAGGAGUUUACUGUGUGUCUUUCUAUGUCUGUGGCCAUCAAAGAAGCCUGUGAGAUGUUUUCUAAUAUGUAACCUGACAUAAUCAGUUAUAUGUGCAGUAACGUAAAGUACGAUAUUUGUUAUUCAAAAACCAUCUCAGUCAUACCUCACUAGUCAGAUGCCUGAAUGAGUUGCAUAUCUUGAAGCAUUAGCCCAAAUUUCAUCAUCAUCCAUAUCCAGUGUAACCUGACCAAAAUGAUCCUCUUGUGUUCCUCUUGCAUACUAUAUAUCUGCUAAAUCUCUGCAGGUAUUUAUUCCCUGACUGUUUGUGAGUGCUAAUUAUGAAUUAGGGACACAAAACAAAACAAUAUUCCUUGGUGGUAAUGGCUUGCAGUGAAAUAAUAUUCCAGAAUUGCUGAAGCUUUCAGCAUUUUACUUUUAGUCUGCAGUGUCAGGGUGUCAAAAGCCUUUUUUUUCUCUCUCUCUCUCGGUAUGUAAUGUUAGCCGGCAUCUUUUAUUGCACACAGACAUACUAGACCGAGAAGGAAUAUGUAUCUAGUGAUAUUUAGAGCACUAUGCAGAGUAUGGGUGUUAAUAUGUAAAUGUGUAUCUAUCUUCAGAGAUUCCCAGAAUGUGAUUAAUAAUAUUGCUUCUUAUUUUUAGUGUAAAUAUGGGAAUGGGUUUCUUUUUUUGUUUCAUGAAUGAGCAUCAGGUGAGCGUUAUGUAUCUGUGUCACUCUCAUCUCCAGGUUGGGAUGGCAGGGAAUAUGUGUGAUGAAUUAUUAUCUGAGGAUUAUUUUUCUUUUCCUGCUGCUGUAAUUCUCAUCCACAUCUACAACCCUUCAAACACAUUUUCCAUUAAAUGGAAAUUUGAUCAGAUAUGUGCAUUUUCCUUGUUUUAUCCAUCAACGAAUCGAUUUCUAUAUGCAUAUUAAUUAGGAGAAAUUGCUCUAUGUUCUCUUACAUGCACUCUCAGAAAAAAAAGGUACCAAACUGUAUUUCAGUGGUUCGUAAACCAAACUGUAUUCCAAACUGCUUUCGAAACAUCACUUCAUGAAGCUUCGAAACAUUUACGAAUCAUUUGUUUUGAAUCAGUGUGAAUCGAACUGCCAAAGUCUCGUGAUUUCAGUAAACAUGGCUUUGUUAUGUCAUAACAAUUUCUAAAUAUUUAAACAUUUCAGUGGUUGGCCACUAGGGGUGAUCUCUGUGAAGCCAUGAUCUAGUAUCUAUCUGACAAAAAAAAAAAAAAAAAAAAUGAGGCCGAUUAGCCAAGCUCUACAUGAAACAAACAAAACAAAUGAAUAAAAUAACACGCAUUAUGCAGACACUUCAUAUUUAACUAUAUUAGAUGAGUUGUUAAUUUAAUAGGUUGCACUUUCAAUAAAAUAUUUGCAAUUGUUCUGUAAAAGGUGUUUUUGUUGCAUUUACAUUGUUCUGACCAUCAGCAUUUGGCAUUUUGAGCGUGUCAAAAAAGUGAUCCAUUUUGCGAACCAGUUGGUUCAAUUGAUUCAAAGUUUUGGAAAAGCUUUGUAUCUUCCAUCACUACCAAACUGUCUUUCUAAAGGUACUAAUAUGUUCUUUUAAAGCACUACUUUGUACCUUUAAGAUACUAAUAUGUCACGUUAGGGAUAAAUAAGGUACAACGAUGUACUUUUUAGCCUUUAUACCUUAGGAUAGCACCACAUUGACAGAUUUGUACCUUUUUUACUGAGAGUGUGUAAUCAGUGUUAGUUAGGUCUUCCUUUUGGUUCUGUUUUGCCCUCAGCUUUUGGUGUGUUUAUGGAUACGCAACCCAUUUUAUGUCACAAUGUGACAAACUUCUGAGUCAUUCAGGAUAUUUUUCCAGGGAUUUUAUCCAGUGGGAACUGAUUGGAGGAGAUUGUGUGGUUAAGGUUUGACAUGAAUUAUUUACAAAAAACUAGCCUCAAGUUUAAUUUAAUUGACAGUUUUAGUGCUACACUUUAAAAAAUAAAGGUUCUUGAUUGGUAUUUAUGGUUUUAACAUUCAUGAAACAUUUCUAUUUCAUAAAAGGUUCUUUAUACUGGAAAAAAAAAAUGGAAAAAAUUCUUAAGAUAAUUAGAUUAUUCUUCACUCUAAGAAAAAUGGUUCUUUUAAGAACUGUUCAUUGAAAGGUUCUUUGGGGAACCAAAUGGCAUUUCAUAUGUCAUACAGUGUAUGAAAGUUUCAUAGUAGGACUGAGUGAAUGUCCAAACAGCAUUUGAGUUUGGGGUGAAAGUCUCUGCUGGAACAGAGCUUAUAAACGGGUCCUGUGUGCUAGUAAAUGUUUUUACCUUCUAUCAAACUCAAAUGGAAGGUGUUUGUUUCCCAGAGUCCAGUGAGUCUGUUUGGGCUUUAUAUGAUCCUUCUUAGAUUAAAAUUUUGAUGGUGGACGGUGAAGGUCAGAUGGAGGACUUACUCACACACUCCAGAUGGAGGUCUGGCCUCUGCAGGUGUGAAUGAACCAAAAUGAAUCACUCCAGAUGAAUUCAGUCAUUUAAUAAUGUCAAAGAGAUACUGGAUGCAUCUCAGUAAUAGAGAUGGAUGCUUGGUGGAGUAUAUUUACCACUCUUUCAAAGCUGACAUAAAACAAUUGCAUGUAUUUCCCUUCAUGCAUUAAGUUUUAUUUCAUAGGAAAUGUGUGUGUGACCGGGCCGAUCAGCCAGGGGUCAUACAGGAGUCAAACUUCUGUGUAAAACAUUCACCAGCCUUAAAGAUCCCUGACAUAAAGACAGCCUUUUAUAAUGAGCUCACACUCUUUCUGCCUAUUUAUUUCUCUUUCCUUUUCCCCUUAUACACUCCAAAACUAAAAGAAAAACUAAAUAUAAUUUAAAUCCAUUAAGAACAGUUAAUAGUCUUAAAUAUACAUUGUAACAACAAAGUCUAUUUUAGAACCAUAAUCCAACCCAC